AUGAAGCUGCCGUUUCAGGGACAACAGGAUGGACAACAACAACACCAGCAACACCAGCAACACCAGCAACGCCAACAACACCUGCAGCUACACCCGCAGCAGAACCAUACAUGGCUCGAUCGCGGAUCGGGAGAGUUGGCUCAGGACGUCGAUUUGGAAGCUGGCCACCAUCCGGGCGUACCGCUGUCAAACCUGUCGCAUUCGUCACUUCAACAUUCCUCCGUCGCGGGCGGCGACGAGCAAGACAACGACGAUGGGAAUGAGUGGAACUCGAGGCAUCCUUGCUUUCCCCACCGAAAUCCGCAUGUGCCGCCGGACUCGAAGGAAUACGAGACUACGCGGAUCAUUCGCAUUGGGAGGGAUUACAUGUACUCUGGCGAUCUCUCGCCGGCCUUUAGCUACGUCUAUCCUGAGAUAUUGGAGCCUUUCGUGAGCGAGGUUAGGUUUCGAGAGGUCAUCAAGCGGGUUAAUGACGAGCUGUACGAGGCGCAUACCCCGUGGAGCCGUGCCAAUAUCAUGGAGGGCGUAGUUGGGAUGCUUACGCUGUGGAUGUAUGAAGAUAUUGUGGAUACCAAGGCGAAGCGCAGGAUUGAAAAUGUUGAGCGGUAUCUGGAGAGGGUCAACGAGGAGCUCGAGAAGGAAGGUGGCGCUAAAUUCAUUCCCUUGAGGAGAACGGGGUUUCUGAAGGUAAUAGCCGACUCCAUCCCAAUGCCCGAGUAUGCUAUUGAUGAUUUGGUUGUAGCUGGACAUUCAAAUACCCGACCCCGGAAUCUUGACCACAGAUGA